AUGGACCAAAUUCAGAAUGAACUCGAGCUCAUGGCUCAAGGCGCAGCUACCAUCUGUCAGUAUGCAACCUCCAAGUCCGACGCGGUGGAGCGAUGGGUCAAGUUGUUUGGGUAUGCCCGUGCAGAGGCCGAGAGCAAGAUAGAACGACGCCGCGAGGAUAUCAACUCGACCACGAUCUCUAUGGAGCACUGGGACAUGAUCCGAGAGGAAAAGGAGGCAGAAGGACAUGACAAGGAGUCAUACGAACAUUCCAUCGACCUUCUCAAGCAUAGGCAACAUUCAUCACAAACACCCAAGUCUACCGCGGCAGUGGCACAAAAGAGACCAGCAAGAUUUUUAUUGAAGCUCGAAGGCCCACUCCAAGACAUCAAGACGGUCCAAGAGGCCGCAAGCCUGUCCUGCCCUCCAAAGAUCCGACAAGGCAGCGACGAUUCCGGGCGCCCAGUGCGCUUUUGUCAAAUCGACAGCGUCGCCCGGGACAAGAUUAUCAACUUUGUCGCAGGAAAGGCAUGGGCAUAUGACUUGACAUCCAACCUCCUCCCGGAUCGGACCGCCGAAAAGAACCUAUCUCCGACCUCUGCAUACCCCAUGCUGGGCAUCGACGGGAUGCUUCCACAAUUUCGAGGUGGCGAUCAUGUACUUCCGCGCGACAAUCAGUACCCAGUGUGGUAUUUCUUUUACGGAACACUGGCCCAACCCAAGGUGCUACAGUCGGUUUGUGGUGAGGAGCAGCCAACCUGGAAUUUGCAUAUUUCAUACAUUUUUGGUGGCGACUUGAAGACUUGGGGUAGAAAGUACAAGGCCUUGGUUGACCAUGAAGGUUACGCAGAGUCAAAAGCUGUUUAUGGGUUUUCGUAUCUUGUUGUAUCAGAGGAAGUAGAAUUGGCGCUAAGAGUGUACGAGACGGAGAAGUACGAGGUCGUUCGGUGCACUAUCCAUUUGGCGAGCGGUAGGCGAAUCAUGAAGGGAUUAACUUUCAAGUUUGUCGGAGAUGAGGUACUGGAGCCUUGA